AUGGCAGUCGCUUUUUCUUCGACACCGCCGGGGAUGACACCCCCGCUGACUGUGGAUAAUGAUGAGAAUCACAGCGGUUUGAUUACUAUUAUCCUAUCAUUUGCAAUGUUCCUUGUCUUGGGGUCUUUGGGUAUCAGGGUCUACUCGGCCUACGCUAGACAUGCCAGAGGGAUGGACGAUUUUUUCUUUGCCUUGAUAGUGGUUGUUGCACUAGGCCAAAUUUCCGCACUAUUUGUUUCAGUUCAUCUCGGCUGGGGGCAGGCCGCCAGACUUAUCUCCGCUAAGGAUGAAUUGAAAAAGGCUGUCUACUCUGCGGAUAUACUCUAUGUUACGACACUAUGGCUAUCCAAAGUCUCGACUUCAGUCUUUUACCGCACGAUCACGAUGCGGAACUCGCAGUGGAUGAUACAUGGCCUUAUUGGGGUCAUCGCUUUUUGGGGGCCGGUAUCAAUGUACACUACCCCAUUCACAGCCCUCUAUAUAGCCUCAAAGCCUACUGAUCAAACAAACAAUAGAAUCCUAAUAUCCGUCCGGUGCGGAAAUGAUCCUUGGAACGAUAUCGAUAACCAUUGCCAAGUUUUUUUUCCCAGGUGGCAAGCGAUCACUGCGCUGGAUGUGGUCCUCGAGAUGGCCCUAUUUCUGUACCCCAUCCGAGUUAUCCCCAAGCUUCAUACCAGUCUUGGCAAAAAGGUAGUCGUUGUUUUAAUUCUAAGCUGUCGCGUGAUACUCAUACCGGUUGCGGCGGUUCACCUCUACUACAUACAUCGCCAAGUAGGAUCAUCCGAUCCAACACUCGAAGGCACCGGAGCCACCCUCGUUGCCGAGGUACAUGUUGCACUGAGCAUUGUCGUUCUCAUUGCGCCCCUCAUGAAGCCUUUCAUCGCGGCAUACGUGGAUGCAAAUGGAUUGGCCUAUACAGAUGACGCGUCCAAGUCCCUAAGCCCCCAUAAUUCUCGCAUCAAAGCGAUCAAGGGAAUGUUCUACUCGAAGGGACGGGAUCCGUAUCUUUGGAUUGAGGAUGACUCUUUGCCUUCGAGAUCACUUGGGCCAGAGAAUCAUAUUAUGAAAAGUGUGCAAAUUUCUGUUGAUCGGCAGACCUUGGAAAUUCCAGAGAGAUCUGUUGGUCGAAGCGACGGAUCAGGUGUUCCUUUAAAUAUUCACUAG